CGUCGCUGUCCAUCGCAUCGCAUCGCAUCGCAUCGCUUGCAUCGGCCGUCGGACGCUCUGCAUCCAUCAUCCUCGACCGGCCAUUUGCCCUGCCGUCCGAUCCAAAGCUCGCCCUCAGCUCACAUCUGCAGCACCCGCCGGCAUCAUGAAGUUCUUCAGCGGCCUCCCCGACUCGGACCACACUCCCUACACCGUCAUCGAGACCGAGCCCCACGUCAAGGAUCUGGUCUCCUACUUCCGUGCCUCGGACGUCCUCGUCAUGAGCUCCAUCGGCCUCGGCUUCCCUGCCGCCCACAUUGCCUGGGAGCACUUCUCGCCUACCGUCCCCAGAAAGUACCUGACCCGCUCCAUGCUUGUCCAAGUGCCCUUCUUCUUUGCCCUGGGCUUUGCUGUUGCCUGCAAACGAUCCUACUUCCGAUUCUGGGGCUGGAGCGAAAACGGACAGGAACUGAAGCGCUGGGAGGCCGAGAGCGCCAGCCGACCUGCUCGAUCUGGACAGGGUUGGCAGGAUAAUGAUUGGUGAUCCUCAUCGAGAUACCAGCGUUCGCGAAACGGGACACUUGCUUUUGAGGCCAAAGAUCACUUCUUUGUUUCUGGAUCUUCAAUACACACAUGCCCAACCAA